AUGUAUAAAGCUCCAAAACCAUCAACAAGGUAAAAUUGAUUUAGCAUUAUCAUUUCAUAAGUAUUUUUCUUCGUAGAAGAUAGUCGUCCGCAGAGAAUUUUUAAUUCAACCCGAUGGUGACUUUUACAACCAGAGUUAAUGAUUUGCUUUGAGUACAAUACGAAGCAAAAGAAAAAUAGGUUUAGAUCUACUAAUAUAAGUAAAUUUUCAUAUUUGAUCCAGCGACAAUGACAUUAUUGAUCUGUACGACUGCGCCAAGGUCUGUCAGAACUUCAUCUUCAUAUAAAAAUGAUCCAUUCGACUAAUAUCUGCGAAUGCAUCAGCAGUUUUUGCCAUGUCUAUGAAAAUGUAGAACAGCACUGGUACCGAAUUGUAAUCGCCAUAUACGUUAACUAAAGCCAUUCGUGCAAUGAAUUCAUGAUCAAUGUUUAUCGAAGCAAAUUGAUGAGUCAAGGAAAUUCCUGUGCAUAGCUUUGAAUUCACUGAACCUCUUUUAAUUGUUCAAUAGAUAUGAUUCUUGCGUGUAAGCGCAGGCGUUAGUGUUGGCGUGAAUAUUAGUGUGUCUUGGCAUAGUUUUGAAUGUGAGUGUUAGUGUGGCCUGGUAACUGAACUCAAGACUCACAUCUACACCCAGACAUAUCUUGAUUUCGACAGCCCCAUGCACACCUACUGGUGCACCUAUCUACAGCCAUAUCCAAUAAUAUUCAAUGCCAAUGGCUAGCAAAUACCAUUCAAUACCGAUAUCAUUUAAUACCAAGACUACUCAGAGUGUGGGUGUGGGUGUGGGUGUGCAGUGCAGCGUGGUUGUGGGUUUGAUUUUCUUCUGAAUUCACGCAAUCGCACUGAAGAUCCACCCCCAAGCCCUCGUGUACGGCCGUAUCUUAGAGACUUACGUUCGUUUGCGACAUCAUAAAUGUCCACAAACGAUCUUUUCUAAUAGUCGUAGCGCUCGAACUAUUAUCCGUUUCAAAAUAGAAUGUCCGCCGCGGUUUUUUGAAUAUCUCAAGUCAGGAACAAGCUAGAGACCUGCAGUUUUCACCAGUCAAAAGAGGAGACUAAGGGACAUCUUUCUCUCCGAUAAUGUGUAAGAUAAAUUCCUUUUAAAACUAAUUAUUCUCGAAAAACAUGUAAAAGAAGGGAUGAAAAUUACCUGUCAUCUAGAUAAAAGUUUGAUUUUGACCUUUGAUUUAGAUAGAGGGACUUCAGAUCUAUAGGUCAAGAUAUAAUACGCUUCCUUUCUUUUCAUCAUAUUUCCAUCGCAAUGUCGAGCUAUUAUGAUAAAAAGUGAGAAAGUUUAGUAAAAAAUUAGCAAAAAUUCCUAUUAUUUGCGCAUAUAAAUAUAUGAUGCGAUUUGCCCAAUGUUGGAAUGCAAUAAGAGAACCAUUUGUAUUGUAUCUUGAACUAUGGAUCUGGAGUCUCUCUAUCUAAAUCAAAGGUCAAAAUCAAACUUUUAUCUAGAUGACAGGUAAUUUUCAUCCCUUCUUUUACAUGUUUUUCGAGAAUAAUUAGUUUUAAAAGGAAUUUCUCUUACACAUUAUCGGAGAGAAAGAUGCCCCUUAGUCUCCUCUGUUGAUUGGUGAAAAUCGCAGGUCUCUAGCUUGUUCCUGACUUAAGAUAUUCAAAAAACAGCGACGGACAUUCUAUUUUGAAACGGAUAAUAGAAACAACCAACCAGUUUUUUUUUAUUUGACGAUAUCGAUAAGCAAUUUAGUCGGU